UUUUUUUCCCCCAAAUUAACUUCUUCCUCCCCAUCCAUAAGCUUAAAGCUUCCGUCCAUCCGAAGAGAUCCGAAUUCGAUUUCUCUUGGGUUUUGAUAUUUAAGGGUUUCUCCCAAAUUUGUAUGGAAACUUCAACAACCUCUUCAGUAUAUAACCCUUAAAAGAAGCUUCCUUUGCCUCCGCCACAGCUCCUGUCUCUGUUGAUUCGAUCCAAAGGAACAACCUUUCUUUCUUGUCGGUUUCGAUCAUGGACCGUGCUGCUCAAUCGGAUCUCUCCUUGGGAUUCAGCAGCUCCCACGCCUUGCCGCUUCCUCCUCCGCGAAUCCCGAUCGCCGAUGACUCGAUCACGCUUCAAAUCGACUCCAGCCCGACGCCCCCCGUCCCUCUCCAGCUUCUCGAGCAGAGAUUCGAAGGCACCGGAUCGAGUAGCCGAGCCAUCGUCGAUAAAGACGAAGACUUUGAUGAUGAUCAGAGGGGGGAGUUCAUCCUAUUGGGACAGCCGUUGAAGCUAAAACGCUGUAGAGGUAGCAGCAGCAGCAAGCGAUUCGCAGCUGAUCCAGAAACUAGACGAGCCGCCGUCAAAGCGUGGGGCGACCAGUCUCUCUCGGAAGCAGAUCCCGAGAUUCACGAGUUCAUGGAGAAGGAGAAACAGAGACAGUUCAGAGGAAUCGAGCUCAUAGCCUCCGAGAAUUUCGUGUGUAGAGCGGUGAUGGAAGCUUUGGGAAGCCAUUUGACUAACAAGUACUCAGAAGGCAUGCCUGGAGCUAGAUACUACACAGGGAACCAGUACAUCGAUCAUAUCGAGAUUCUUUGCCAAGAACGUGCACUGCAAGCUUUCGGUCUUCACCAUGAGCAUUGGGGGGUUAACGUGCAGCCUUACUCUUGCACGUCCGCGAACUUCGCUGUCUUCUCUGGUCUUUUGUUGCCUGGUGAACGGAUCAUGGGGUUGGAUUCUCCUUCGGGUGGUCAUAUGAGUCAUGGAUACUACACGCCGGGUGGGAAGAAAGUCUCUGGUGCGUCUAUAUUCUUUGAGAGCUUUCCCUAUAAGGUGGAUCCUCGUACAGGGUACAUUGAUUACGACAAGCUUGAGGAGAAGGCGCUUGACUAUCGUCCUAAGAUACUUAUCUGUGGAGGGAGCUCGUAUCCUAGAGACUGGGACUUUCCUAGGUUUAGGUAUGUUGCUGACAAAUGUGGAGCUGUUCUCAUGUUUGACAUGGCACAGAUUAGCGGUCUUGUGGCUGCCAAGGAAAGUCCAAAUCCAUUUGAUUAUUGCGAUAUAGUUACCUCAACGACACACAAGUCUCUCCGGGGACCUAGGGGAGGUAUCAUAUUUUACAGGAGAGGCUUCAAGGGCAAGAAGCAAAGCAUAAAUCUUAAUCACUGCGAGAGCAAUUUCCAAUAUGAUUUUGAGGAGAAAAUAAACUUUUCUGUCUUCCCAUCGCUGCAAGGAGGUCCUCACAAUAACCAUAUAGCCGCUCUAGCCAUUGCCCUGAAGCAGGCCGCUUCACCAGAGUACAAGGCUUACAUGCGCCAGGUCAAGAAAAAUGCCAAGGCUUUAGCAUCUGCUUUGAUAAGCAAAAACUGCAAGUUGGUAACAAAUGGCACUGAUAAUCAUUUGAUGCUCUGGGAUCUGACUCCUUUGGGAUUGACAGGCAAAGUGUAUGAGAAAGUAUGCGAGAUGUGCCAUAUCACGGUCAACAAAGUCGCCAUUUUCAGUGAAAACGGUGUUAUUUCCCCUGGAGGAGUGAGAAUAGGUAGUCCGGCUAUGACUUCAAGGGGCUGUCUAGAAUCAGAUUUUGAGACAAUGGCUGAGUUUCUGUAUAGAGCUGCUCUGAUAGCAAGUGCUGCACAAAGGGAGCAGGGGAAGUCACUCAAAAGCAUCUAUCACUGUAAGGACAUUGCAGAUCUUAGGAACCAAGUCGAGGCUUUUGCUUCUCAGUUUGCAAUGCCUGCGUCUGACAUGUGAGUCAGCCUGCAAAGAAUGUGAUAGCACAAACCUCCCUCAUUUUUGUUGCCAUGGUAAUCUAAAUCCACGCACCCAUUUCUCUAUUUUACAAUGUCAGCUAUUUACAUCUAAACUUAGAUCAACAUUUGUGGGGGGAAAAAAACAAACUUCCCUGUCUUGCUAUGGUUGUAAUUCUUCAAGGCUUGUGUACAUAGUCAUUGGAGGUGUGUUUAGUAUAUCCCUUUAUGAUC